AGGCAAUAAUUUUGUAUCCCCUAAAGUAAAACAUAGCCAUAAAAUUAUGUUUAAAAAGUAGGUUAUAUUUAAAUAAUAAAGAUAUCAAUUUAUCUUUACUGAAUUAGUUAACAGUUAAAGGAUACACAAAUGAAAUACAUAACCUCAAAAUAUUCAUAAGAGCUUUUGUUCUAUAUUUAAAUUACUUAUGUGAAAUAAUAUGUAAAUCAAUGUUUUCAAUACAAUAUCGUAUUGUGUCACGAAAAAUACAUUUCUACAACAAAAUACAAAAUAUGGAAAUAUCAACAGUAAAACAAAUUUUUCGAUGCAUUUGUACUGACAGCACAAAAUAUAAUAUAGAGAAACAAGCAAAAUUUAUGAAUAAAAUUAUAAAAAAAAACAAAUCAAAAAGGGAGUCAAUUGAUGGUGACAUAAAUCCUUAUACAUGUGCAACUCCAACAAGUAAACUUUCUAUAUAUACAGUACGAAGGAUGAUUGUUCUAAAUAAUGUUUUUAUGAAGCAUAUUACAGAUUUAAUGUCAACUGGAGAUGUAGUUCCUGAGAUUCUAAAUAAGAAUAUAGAGAUUUCUCAUGUUAAAGUAACUGCAGAUUUUAAACUCAUCAAUGUAUUUUGGAUAGACAAUAAUACUGAGAAUACUGACGUAGAAGAACUUCUGCAAAAAUGUGCCUUUCAAUUGAGGCAUGAAUUGUCUCAACUCCGUGUUAUAGGGGUUGUACCUCCUAUUCAAUUUGUCAAAUGUAAAGGUACAAAUAUUUUGAGGGAAGUAGAACGAAAAUUGAAGAUUAUGGACUUUGGGGAAGAUCAUGUAUCUAGUCCAUAUCCAGAUGCUAUACAACAGACCAUUACUGCUUCUGGAACUACUGAUGUUAAUCAAAAUGUUGAGAAUGUUGAACAUGAUAACCUUAGUAUUACUUUACCAGUAAUGAGACAUGAUAUAUUUGGUUUAGAUCAUUUCCGAAUUAUGUCUCAGAUAAAAGCCUCAUUAAAUAAAUCAAACAAAUUUACGAUAAAACAAAUAGAAAACAUGCCAUCCUCGAAUUCAUAUUCUACAUCAGAUAUAAAAAAUAUCCCAAAUGUUGUAACUAAUAUGGAACAACAGAAUGAGUUUAAGCAAUUUUUAUGUAAAAAACGAAAAGAACAGAGAAAGAAAAUGAAGAAAUAUCAAGUAGAUAAAUCUAUUGAUGAUUCUGAAGAACAAAGUGAUGAUGAUGACCUUGGAAAUGAUUAUGAUGAUUUCACAGAAAACAAUUAUGAUGAUUUUGACAAUUAUGGUGAAAAUAUUGAUUAUUACAAAAAACAGUAAGGACAUGAUAAACAAUAGGGAAUUGAUAGCAUAUAAAUAGAUAUUGCAUACUAUAUGAUGCUGCAAGGAAACCACCCAUUGAAUGACCUAACAGCACAAAUUUCUCUAACUGCAUCUCCCUGCGCCAUUCCUCUAUGGAACGAACUAGUUGACUCUCAGCUACUUGUGCUUCAUUACUAAAAACAGGACGACUACUUCUACCAAAACCUGGAUAACAAGAAUUAAACGUUUUACAUAAAACAUCAAAUACACAAAAACAUAAUUACAUAAUACAUUAUAGAUCAACAAAUCAAUUUAAUAUUAAUUUGUGAUUAUAUGAUCUUAUAGGUAAAUACAGUGAUAUCAACUGUCACUGUUUGAAAAAUACGCAACAUCAUUUGUUUCAUAAAUUAUAUAUAAUUCCAAAGUUCAAUCUUAGUCAUUUAUGAAUCAUGCAUGAUAGCUACCGCAUUCAAGAACAAAAUAUAUCUCUGAACAGCUUACUUUGAAAAAUAAUUGGAUAAAAUUGAAGAUUUAUAUUUAUUACAUGUAAUAAGAUUUUUAAGAAAUCUAUAAUUUCCUUCUAUUUUUACCUAAUAUAUCAAUGGCAUACACUGGUCUCUGUGAAGCCAAAGCAUCAAGAUUUAAACACCAUAAUGCUACACCUGCCCCUAAACCAUGCAACAGAACAAUUGGUGUGUUUGGUGAUUCUUCAUUUAAGGAAAUGGUCCAUAUUUUAUCUGAUGUUCCUACAACUGGUCCAAUGUCCACAUACCAUCCUCGAUAUGCAGUUUUCAAAC